UCAACCUACAAACCUGACUAUUCAAGUGCUUCUGAAAUAGUCGGAACUAGACGCCGCUUCUUGAAGAUGCCCAGGUUUGAACAAGCAACUAAACCCUCAGGGCGCUUGCCUGCUGCUGGAGGGGUAGCAUACCCUGGAAAUACCGGCGGCUACAGCCUCCAUGUACCUGAAACGCUUCCAUCUUCCUUUAACAAUGGCUAUACAGGACCGGCUCGUGAUGUCGGUUCCAGGACCUACAAUCCUGUCAGAAACUUUAGGGACAUUGCUGGGGAUGAAGUUAAUAGGGCUAUAAACGACCUCAGACGGCAGUCCGCACCGACCAAAACACCUGAGUUCGAAAGAGGAUACCUUAGUGUUUCCAGAAUGCAGCCUAAAUUUACUAACGAAUACGAAUUCAUCCCUUACAAUAGACCCUCCAGAAAUAUCAUACCCUCCGCCAAUUCACCCAGUGACAGGGCCUCUAGAUUAUUCGAUGCUGCGAAUCGUUUAAAUGAUAACCCUGGCUCUCAGAAUAUGGAAGCUGGGGGCGGGUGGAAAGCUGGUUUGACCGAAGCUCCGAUAUCCUCAAGAGGUUUCACUGUAGGUAGCACAAGCGAAAUUCUUCCGGGAACUGGCUCAUACAGUUCAUCUACCGUUGGGAGGAGACAGUCUGUACUUAUUGGGGGUAGCGAUGGCUCUCCUAACGCAGACACCACCAUGAACACAAUCCUGGAUGGACGCUUAAGAGGUUCGAUGUCCAGCUACCCUAGCAAGUACCCAUCUUCAGGGGGUCCCUGGGUCCCCUAUUUUCGUAAAGAUAACUCCGGUAGCCGCUCUGCUGAUAUCGACGGCUUUGUUGAAGGCCGUGACGGAGGCCGCGGAAAUACCGACGACACCCGUUUUCUUGUCACCACCGGGUACAGGGCUAUGCCCACUGGUGCUGGAGCAAAUGCUGGCUACACCACCAACAAUCCACUCUAUCGUUCCGACGGCUCCUAUGGUUAUAUCAGUCGAAGUAACAGCCCUAGUCAUUCUAGUGGUUAUUCAGGUACCAACGAUAACAGUGGUCACAAAGGUUACCAGCCGUUCUUGCUAGCACGCUCAUCUAGCGUCUCACCUGUUUCCAGCCAAGAGAACAGAGCAUGGAAUCCAAGAGGUGUAUGGCAAGGCAUCAGCUCAUCUCCUGUUUCUGCUAGCAAUUAGUGCGUGAAUGUAAGCAAACCUGGAUAUCAUAACCAAGGAACCAAGAAGAUUUUAAAAAAAUCCUAGACGGACAAUUCACCAAUCUACUUUGAAAUUACACCAGAAUACAACAAAGCCGGAAUUCCCGCUGGAAUAUGUCACUCUUUUACACGCAUUUAAUGCUUAUCGCUUUCGAGAAUCAUACAUUUUUAUAAAACUAAAGCAUGCUUGAUUUUC